CAGAUCAUAACAGUACGCUGCGCUUGAGCGUUACAGAAGAUUACAUUUGCACCAUAUCUCUUACGUCGCCCGCAGGAUAUUGGAUGGUGCUGGAGAAGUCAUUAAAGAGUGCUUGAGCAGAAUCUACAUCACCGAGGCUUGAUGAGGUGAUGGUAAGAGAGCGGAACAGGAAUAAAUGCAACCAUCCUAUAUAUGGAUACGGUGCAUCCGAAACCCUUAGUGGUCUUUCUAAGCACACGAAAGAGGAGGACCUCACAGGAUCCUCACGACAGGCAGGAGACGUCGGGGCUCCGUCAACUGCGCAGAUGAGUGGUGAUGGAUCACCGACGCGGACGAAUGGCGGCGCAUUCGACGCCUGGGAUGGUGCCCGAGCAAUUGUCAAACUGUUCCAGUGUUCUCAGUGCUCCUACCCUUUAAGAGACCCUACCACACUACCAUGUGGCAACUCCUUGUGCCAGAAUUGCUUACCGCCGCUGUACAAGCGCGAAAACAUUACAUACCCUCUUAUGGAGGGGCGCUCGGAGGGGUUCCUGUGCCCUUUCAAGGGAUGUGAGUUGGAACACUCGGUGGCAGAUUGUGGAACAGAUGUGACACUGAACAAAAUCAUGGAUGUUCUCAAAACAUACAUGGACAACAGCAAAGCUGAAUCUUCAGAAAUGCCGCUGUUGUUGGAAGAACAGCUCGACUGGCCCAGCCUGGCCGCGAGGAAUAUGGACGUCAUGCCCAGGUCACGUGUUCUUCACGGCGGACGCAUCGUCUCGACAUACACCCUCGCCGAAAUGGGGGAGUUACACUACUCCUCCGACGUUGCUUAUUCACCAGUAGACCCGGGCACCGAAGGGUCGACUCGAGAAUUGGAUCUGGCAACCUUGGGAGUGCUAAGAGAGAUGGUCCAAGGCGAGACAGAGUGUCAAGUAUGUUACCAAAUCAUGCUCGAUCCUCUGACAACAUCUUGCGGCCACACAUUCUGUCGGAAAUGCUUUGCCCGUGCAAUGGACCACACAAAUCUUUGUCCAAUGUGCCGUCGCAGGCUUGCAUUAUUACCGAGCGUGGUGGGAGAACCUAGCAACAAAAGAAUCACCUUCCUAACUCAGCACCUAUUAACCGACUUACUGACGGCACGAUUAACGGUUGAUGCACAGGAGGACAUGGUCGACGAAGUGUCACAAUUACCUUUGUUCCCCUGCACAUUGGCGUAUCCUCAGAUGCCCACCUUUCUGCAUAUCUUCGAACCACGAUAUCGACUUAUGAUACGAAGGGCUAUGGAGAGUGGGUCACGCAAGUUUGGCAUCGUGAUGUACAGACCAUACGGGACUCCACAAGGAGAACCUCAUUUCAUGCCCUAUGGUACGGUGUUGUUCAUUGAGCGCAUCGAACUGCUUCCCGACGGUCGCAGUAUCAUUGAGACACGAGGACUACAUCGAUUUCGAGUGGUCGAGACCAGGAUGCUUGAUGGGUACAUCGUCGGUCGGGUACAACGCGUCGAUGACAUCCCUGUACACGAAGAAGAAAUCAUCGAGGCCCAAGAAACAGCCAUAACUGUACCGGAGGACGCCGAUGAAGCGACACAGAUUCAACAUAUGCCGACACAACGCUUGCUGGAGAUGGCUAUCGAGUUUGUGGAGCGAGCACGUUUGCAGUCGGCUCGGUGGGUUCACCAGCGAGCGCUGGCUGUCUACGGCCAACCUCCUUCCGACCCGGCAGUAUUCCCUUACUGGCUUGCCAGUGUCCUACCUAUAUCCGAGGCCGAAAAAUACCUUUUAUUACCAGCAACGAGUGUGAGAGAGCGACUGAAGAUUACCGCGCAAUGGGUGCUGAGAUUAGAGCGAGCAAGGCAGUAAGUUUACCUUUUCUUUCCCCUUUCCUUUCUUUUUAGGCAUUGGAGGGUCAUGUCGCCUGACAUCGUAUGCCUGAAGUGAGUUCGAAGCGGAACACCAGGCAGCAACCAGGUCCCACGAAGAACAUGACACUACAUCAGAAGAG